CUCUUCUUGGUACCACCAUCCAGCAUUCAGCACUCACUUCUGGGACCUCGUUACUGUCUGUCACUGCUGGUGCAUCACUUGCUCUUCGGCUGCGAUGGUCAACAUCACUCGAGCGGUAUGGCUGCAGGCGAUGCUUGCCCAUCGCUACGUGACCGACAAGGAGUCUAGGGCCCUCUACCAAGCCGCAUGCUCCGCUACCAAAGCCUCUUACCGCGAGCGCGAGUACGAAGACUUCGUGUCAGAUGCCGGCCAAGCCAUCGAGCCGCUAGGAUUGGACCUCAGAAGGAUGAUCGACCAGAGAAGUGGCAAGGCAAUGCUGGCUUUGGUCAAUACCAAGUCGGAUGACAUAGCUCAGCUCGCCACGACAUAUACUGCGCAAGAGAUUGCCUUCAUCAAAAUCAUGAUUGAGAUCAUCUUUACAGCCCCAGAUGAAGCAUAUAGCAUACCUACUAUUCAGGCGCUAAAGGAGGCAACGAGCAUGAAGCCUCAGAUGAGCAAGAAAGCUGGGGAAGAGCUGAUCAACAGUCUGAUUCGGCAUGGAUGGCUUCAUCGGUCAGAGUCUGGCCGCCUCUCCCUCACCGUGCGUUCUAUACUCGAGCUACAAGCCUACCUCAAACAAGAAUUUCCGGAGCACGUACUGGAAUGUACUGUGUGCAAGGACAUGCUGACAAGGGGUUCCGCUUGCUCGAUUCCAAGCUGCGAUGUGCGGGUACAUCAAGCUUGCCUGCCUCGACUAGGAGGUGGGCGUGGUGUUGGCUCUGGAGCGUCUCGCUCUUGUCCAGGGUGUCAGAAUACCUUCCAAGCUACACCUGUUGGCGAGGAGAGCGCUGGUAGUAGGCGCAAGCCAGGCUCCGGAAGCAGGCGUCGUCGUAAUGAUACUGAAGGUCAGGCGGACAAUGGAUCAGAAGAAGAACAUGAGGAAGAGGAGGAUGAGGACGAAGAGGACGAAGGAGCCGAACCCUCUACAUCUACUCGCAAUACUGCUCCUGCCAGGAGAAGAGGUACCACGCGUGGCAAUGCGGGGAACGCGAAGAGGGCCAGGAGGAACAAUGAUGAGGAAAGCGAUAAAGAGGGUCAUUCGGAAAGCGCCCAAUCGGAAGCCGAAGAAGCGGGCGAAGAAGACGACGACGAAGAGGAACCUACUCAAGCACCUCGAGGCGGCAGACGGAGCAAUGGCGGACGGGGUCAACAAAGAAAGCAUCCCAGAGCGGGCAAGCGGAGGAGAAGCAGCGCUGUGAGACUUGCGGGGGGAGGAUUCUUUGAUGAUGAGGCUGGAGACGACGGAGAGGAGAGCGAAGAAGAGGAAGAGGAGGAUGAGGAGGAAGAAGAAGAAGAAGAAGAGGAGGAAGAGUGAAAGGGGGCUGCUAUGGGCGUUGCUAGUCCAUUUAUACCAAUCACUAGCUAGCUAGCUCUGCCAUGGACAAUUCACACAGCGGCACAUAGCGAGCGCUCAGAUACAUUGUUUGUGAACAGAAGGUGG